CCUCACCAUCAUGAAAUUCUUCUCUGUCUUCGCUGCGCUCCUCAUAGGCGGCGUAAGCGCUUCCAACGUUAUUGAGCUCACUCCCGAGAACUUUGAUAGUGUCAUUGGGAAAGGAACACCAGCUCUCGUCGAGUUUUUCGCACCUUGGUGUGGUCAUUGCAAAAACCUCGCACCUAUAUACGAGCAACUCGCAGACGCGUAUGCACAUGCGAAGGACAAAGUUGUAAUUGCAAAGGUAGAUGCUGAUGGUGCGGGUAAGGCGCUGGGAAAACGGUUCGAGGUGACAGGGUAUCCUACUCUAAAAUGGUUCGACGCGAAUGGCAAAGAAUCAAAGUACGAGUCAGGACGCGAUCUCGAGGCCCUUAGUGCAUAUGUUACACAACAUUCCGGCGUAAAAUCAAGAAUACCCGCGCCACCACCCACGAACGUCGUCCAACUCGACGUGCACAACUUUGACAGUGUUGCACUGGAUUCGUCCAAGAAUGUUCUUGUUACCUUCACCGCUCCAUGGUGUGGCCAUUGCAAGAAUCUGAAACCCAUCUAUGAGGAUAUUGCCACGAACUUUUUGCUUGAGAGUGAUUGUGUUGUUGCAAACAUUCAAGCCGACGACAAGAAGAACGCCGAUAUCAGCGAAAAGUACGGAGUCACUGGUUUCCCAACCAUCAAGUUCUUCUCCAAGGGUAGUAAAGAGGCCGAAGACUAUGACGGUGGACGCACAGAGGGGGACAUCGUCAAGUUCCUAAAUGAGAAAUGUGGGACUAAGCGUGCUGUUGGCGGUGGGCUGAAUGAUGAAGCCGGCCGCCUGGCGCAAUUCGACGAGUUGGCGAACAAAUUCUUCGUCGCCGCUGCUGAUAUCAGACAGACCAUCUACAAAGACGCUGUCAAGCUGGCCGCAUCAGCUGGUGUCGCAUCCAAGCACUACAUCCGGGUCAUGGAGAAGGUUGUGAACAGCAGCGAAGCCUACAUUGAGAAGGAAUUGAAACGGCUGGGCGCUAUCUUGAAAAAGCAAAAUCUUGCUCCGUCAAAGCUGGACGAGAUCAAGAUUAAAAUUAAUAUCCUGAGUGCGUUUAGCGAGAAGAAGGCGGACGCAAAGGUCGGUCGGGCGGAAUCUGAGCUGUGAUGAAAUAACAUACAUAAAUCGUAUUUGAUUAACGGCAAAAUAAUAUUACUGAUUGCAACAUCGCGUGCUCCGGUUCGGCGUCUGUUAUCUUGACUGGAAAAAAAGUUGCCUCGCGUCGAUGGGCACCGGCCUCGUGUAUGGGAAGGA